AUGAACUCAACUCGUCAAGAGAUUGCCAAACCUGUUGUGAAGGACGAGCUACAGCAGUCAGUAGAAGAUAAACAGCGGAAUGGGUUUAUCGAAGAUUGUAGAUUGCCGUGCGUGCCUAACACUUUGUCUUUCUGCUUUAAUCUGUCUACCGGUUCUUCCUACAGCCUUCUAACUUCGAUCUCGUUCACCAUAGCCCACCAACCAUCUACUACCGAAGACGGGAUGUCAACGAGAUAUCAACUGCGCAAGCGCAAGCAGGCCCUUCCUAUUGAGGAUACGUCCAGAAAGAAGCCAGAAGCCAAAAAAGCGGCCUCCGAACCAGCCUCCCGUGAUCCAGUACAACGCUUGAACGAAGAUACCCUCAACAUGAUCUUCGACCUGAUACCAUCAGAGGACCUGUUCCGCUUGGAGCGAGUUAGCCAUCAGUGGCAAGCAGCCAUCAAAACCUGGAUCGAGACAUUCGGCUUCCGCACGCGUUUUCCGCACACCUGGUCGCCAGGCCUGAACCUAUCUAGCCAACUUUCCUACGAUCACUUCAAGCAACGUGCCCGUCGAGCAUACCUGAUGCAGUGCGGUCGGCCUACCAAGGUGACUGAAUUGUGGAACGUCCAGCAUUUUGCGUCUUCAGGAGAUUACGUUGUAUGGUCAACAAAGACCUACAGCGAUGUGGGAGGAUUCGUCCGUCACAACAUUCACUGGCAAUGUUUCGCACCAGAAAGACAGGAACUCAGGAAUCGACCGCAAGUGAUUCCUGCCUCUUAUUUCUAUUCCACGGCCCGAGUCGAUUCCUUGCAAAUCAAUGAGGAUGGCGUGUUUCUUACGCAUCUAAACGGACCCUUAGGUUUGAAAUGCGUCGUGUACUCCCCGGUUGAAAAAAAGACUCUUUGGAGCGGAAGCGAUUUACUAUUUCAAAUCUACGGCUGUGAAGAACGACAGAGGCUCCCGAGGUUCAUCGGAAAGAGCUCAAUUUAUUCCGUAGCGCGGAUCCGAGGAGAGUAUACGGUAUCUGCCUAUGAUUUUCGCACAGGCGAACUCCUCUAUGAGUCGCCUAAUUAUGCUACGCAAGAGAGUAUGGGGCUCUUUUGCAAGAAAGACGUCGUGGAGAAUAGUAUCCAUAUAUGUCCAACAAGCGGUGAAACGGAGCUCAUCAGCUCAGUCCACUGCAAACCUGACUUGGAUGGCGCAGGCAAAAAGACUUGGGUCCUCAUCCUCGACGGUAGGACCGGGACACAAUUAUAUUGUGCUGUCUAUCAUAACCUUAGGUCCUACUCUCUGAGCAUUGACGCGGUUUCCAAGAGCAUUGUCCUUACCUUGAGAUUCAGCCCUAGCCUCCUUCAUUAUGAUGAGUCCAAGUCGGAAAGAUUUGCCAUCAUGCAGAAGUUCUCAUAUGAGAGUGGCCAGACAACCCCCAUCAUGCCCCGGUCCGCAGAUGUUGUGCUUAUGUCGCAUGUGAAUGGGGAUGGCAAACUGGCCCCUACGGAACGCUUGAUGUUUGACCCAUUCAGCCUGGCUGGGCUCCGUUGGUAUGGGACUCGGAUGUAUCAGACCACUGGUUUCCAGGGCCAUGCUAUCAUCCCAACUACCGAGAGGGAUUGCUUGUCUAUAGCGGAGAAAUUGCUUCAGGAAUGCUAUAAGAACGAGCCUCCUGUCCUUGGUCAAUGUUUUGUACCCACAAAAGGAUACUGCGUUACACUUCCCAAGCAACCGGAAAUGCGUCGCUAUGAACGGACCACGGCUGGGCUGCCUCAACAUUAUAUUUCCGAUGAGGACGCCAUCACAUUGAAUACUACGGGCCCUGUGGCUCUGGAGAGCGAGGAUCACACGUAUGUCUUUGAGUUUUAA